GUGUGUCUACAGGAGGGGCGGGAAAACGGAUGAUUGAUAGCGAUGAGGAAGUGGUUACGUACACUGUAGUGUAUUUAGGCUGGGGACAGGUGCAGGCAGUUCGCUGGUCUCGGUGGAGUGGCGGCUGUUUUAACGGAGGCAUGAAACCUGUACAAGGGAGCCCUGUUUCCAGCACUAUGCAGGAAGCUUUUGGCUGUGCAGUAGAAAACCGCUUUUUCCAACUUCUGGAUGAUGAGUCUGAUCCCUUAGAUUAUCUAUACCAGGCGUCAAGUGAACUUGGUCGUAAGAAGGAAGAAGCAGCCAAAAAACCUGGCAACCAAAAGAGCAACAGAAAAGAAUCCCAAAAGGACAGAAGGACAAUAGUCGUUGCAAACACGGAGGCCCCAGCUCCAAAACAAGCUCCUAAACAAGUUCCAAAACAGUUUGUGCCAAAAGUGCCUCAGAAUGAAAACAGUGGUUCAGAAGUGAAAGUGGAAAGAUCGGAACGUCGAGCUGUCUUCAGAGAGUUCCGUCCUAAUGUCAUAGAAAAGCCCCUGGAGUACAGCAUUGAUGAUUUUGAGAAGGAAAAGCAGGUAAGAAACUGGGUUGCUAACCAGAGAGGAGGAAUGAGAGGGAGAGGAAGAGGAGGCUUUCCACGAAACAUGGAAAAUGAUCAAAGAGGAAAGAGAGAGUUUGAAAGGCACAGUGGCAGUGACAGAACUAGAAUAAGAGCAGAAGACAAGAGGGGUGGUGGUGGACCUCGCAACUGGGGCUCAUUCAAGGAUGCUUGCAGUGAUGUAGAUCCAACACCUGUAGAAAAUGUAGAAGCCAUGGAACCUGUUGAGGCAACAGAGGAAGAGCAAGACAUAAAACUGCCAGAAGACAAUGCCGAAGACUAUGUCAGGGAGAUGUCGCUGGAUGAAUGGAAGUCUAUUCAGGACCAAAGCAGACCAAAGGUUGAACUAAAUCUUCGUAAACCAGAUCCUUCUGUACUUUCCAAAGCUACUGUUAUCCAUAAGUCCAAAUAUAAGAAUAAUUCAAAGGAGGACGAUGAAGAUUACAGCUAUGGUUUCCGCAGACCAGUUAAUGAUAUAACCUCUCAGCUGGAUAUUAACUUUGGAAGUCUCCCUCGUCCAGGCCGUGGAGGAAGAGGUGGAGGGCGUGGACGUGGAAGUGGUAGAAGAGAAGAGACCUUAUCUUAUGAAAGCCAUAAUGUGCACGAGUUUGUCUUGAAUCCAGAUGACCCUAAUGAUUUUCCAGCUCUGAUUUAAUUGGACAAGUUUUUGGCUUGUACUGCAUCUCUACAGUGACACAAUACCACAGAUUAGACAACACUUUUGUUUGGGGGUCUAAAGGAUUUAUUUUUCUGCCAAGCAGUAGAAGUACUGCACUUCAAUCUACAGAAAUGUGUACAGUGUAGCAUGGCUGUAGUUCUAAACAUGGUUUUGAAGCAUUGUCUAUGGCACAUGUUCUAUUUGAAACAGUUACCCAGGUUAAGAAGUUUAAAGAAAAGCUGCUAUGUCCAGAUAAUGGUAGAACUUGAAUAUGAUAACACUGGCUAUCAUACAGCUGCUGCUUCCUUCGGUGUAAAAUAUAACUUGUCACUGCACUGCAGUUUUGGAAGUGAUUGAGACAUUAAAGUCGCUGAUUGCAAGUUGAUGGCUUUUUUU